UGUGCACAGUUUGAACACAGCGCACAUCUUGAGUAGUUUAGGUCCAGGGGAGAGUAAAAGAGGGGUGUGUUUGUGUGUGACUGGCUGACAGACUGUGUGACUGUGAUGGUUCUUCUUCAGCUUUAGUACUUGUACAGGCAGGAGAGCUGGAAGCAUUGCUUUGGUAGAACUCUUAGGGAAUGGCAAACUGUGUGGUUUCCCUGGAAACAUCGGUUUAAUGAAAAUGUCUGAGCUGCCACUGUCUUGCUGUAGACCGUGGGACUGGAAGCCUGAAAGCCUUACUUGUCUAGAGCGAAUUUAUUAUCUCAUGGCGACUCAGGCUAUCUGCUGCACCCUGGUAAACUGCAACUGCGAAUGCUUUAAACCAGGAAAGAUUAAAAUAAGGCAAUGUGAACAGUGCCAGCAUGGAUGGGUAGCACACGCUUUAAGCAAGCUUAAAGUGCAUCACCCUUAUCAAGGCAGUCAGGUGGAGAUAGUCCAGUCGAACGUGGUCUUCGAUAUCAGCAGCCUGAUGCUAUACGGAACCCAAGCUAUUCCAGUCCGACUUAAAAUUCUCCUUGACCGCCUCUUCAGUGUAUUGAAACAGGAGGAGGUCGUCCAGAUCCUCAAUGCUUUGGACUGGACCCUACAGGAUUACAUUCGAGGAUAUGUCCUUCAGGAUGCCACAGGAAAAGUACUGGAUCGCUGGGCCAUUAUGACCUAUGAAGAGGAGGUGGCUACAUUGCAACAAUUUCUUCGUUUUGGAGAGACCAAGUCAAUAGUGGAGCUCAUGGUCAUCCAAGAUAAGGAAGGACAAGCAAUAGCUGUGUCAAACUCCAGAACUGAUUCAGACAUUCGGGCAUUUAUAGAAAGCAAUUCCCACAGAAGCCCUAGCCUUUCUGCUAACAUUGAAAAAGUCACCUCUAGCAACGUUCACCACUUUGAAAACUUUAUAAACAAUAUGGCCUUCAUGCUGCCGUUUCAGUUUCUCAGCCCUGUCCCAGCAGCUCCUGUGAUCGGCUCCUCGACAGAUACUUUCCUUCUCGAGCUGGGUCAGAGACAAAGCCACAAAACCAAGCAAGAGGUUCAGAUUCCUGCGACUGAGAGCAGCCUCUUGGGUUCCAGUUCUGCUUCGGUUGCAUCAGACAAUGAAAGAAACUGCAACUCCUACCAAGAAACUGCCACCAAAGUGGAAGCAGAGGAAUUCCCUGGCAGCGAUGAAUGUUCCGAGGCUCCUUCGACUCCGUGCAAUGCUUCUGUCAGUUCCGAGGUGGCGCAGAUGUCCCCGGAGACCAGCAUGCGAUCUCCUGACAAAAACAAUGGCAGCGGGCCAAGGAAGGGACGGGUUUACUGCAGCGCCUGUGGAAAGACCUUCUACGAUAAAGGAACGCUCAAGAUCCACUACAACGCUGUUCACCUCAAGAUCAAACACAAGUGCACAAUACAGGGCUGCAACAUGGUGUUCAGCUCCCUGCGUAGCCGCAACCGGCACAGCGCCAACCCCAACCCCAGACUCCACAUGCCGAUGAAUAGAAACCACCGGGACAAAGACAUGAGAGGCCACUCAUCUGCAGACGUCACACCUGACGUUGAAAGAAAGCUUGAUUUCAGUGCCAGUGUGCCGACAGACGGCAGGUCUGUUUCUAGCUAUAUACAAAGCAGCUUCCCCAACGUUGGGCAGAGUGGGAUACUGUUUCCAAACCUGAAGACCGUCCAGCCUGUACUGCCUUUUUAUCGCAGUCUAGUCACACCAGGCGAGCUUGCCAACACCCCAGAUACCCUGCCUUCGUUACCUCUGAUUUCUUCAUCUCUUCCAGAGCAGCCUGUGGCAGAACUGUCCUCUGAUCCCGUACCAAAGAAAAAAUCUCGCAAAUCCAGCAUGCCUAUUAAGAUAGAGAAAGAAUCUGUUGAGAGUGUCGGCGAGCUCGGCGAAGACGAUAGCUCGGGGGACGACAUUCCCCUGCAGAUAAGAGGCAAAGGUGAAUCCGCAAGCGAAAGGUUUGAGAAACAAACUGCCCACCAAGAGAACAGCAGUGUCAUUCAGUCAACAGACAGAGACAUUUCUACAGCUUCACUCCACAGCCACGUAGACCCAAAAUCAAAUCAGGAUUCAAAUAUCGCUGAAGAGAGAGAAGAUCAAUUGUACCACUUGGGAAAUGGGGUUAAAUGUGUGCUGGAAGGAACUGUAAUCUCGUGUGCCCCUGAAAAAAACCAAAAGGAAAGUAACGAUCUUCUUAAACCAGUACACAUGUCUACUGUGGAAAGCUGUGCAAAAAAGGAGCCAGAAAUUCAUCCAUGUGACGUCGAUUAUGUGGAAAAUGAGCAUGGAGUACAAAACGGGGGGUUCUUCCAAAUUUUAACUGCUAAUAAAGAAACGGCAGUAAGUGCCACAGACUCCGCAGUCAUGCCUUUCAUGGCACCGCAUUUGCUUUGCUCAAACAAAGAAGAAGCCCUUCAUCACUGUGAGAUCUGCAAUAAGACAUUCAAAAACCCCUACAGUGUGAAAAUGCAUUACAGGAAUGUGCAUCUGAAAGAAAUGCACAUGUGCACUGUCGAGGGCUGCAAUGCAGCCUUUCCCUCGAGAAGAAGCAGAGACAGGCACAGCGCCAACAUGAAUCUGCACCACAAGCUGUUGACCAAAGACCAAUACGGAACCCCAAGCUCACUGUUCCCCACCCCGGCUCCUUGCAGAGACCUAGCUAAAGAUUUCUGCCCAGACAUACUUUUAAAGGAGCACGUUGCACAGACUUCCGUGAUCUUUAAAGGAGCGAACAGGAUGGGUCUGGUUUUUCCAAUGAGUAAGAGCAUGGAAAGCUGCUUUUCCCCCCUGGGAGGGAGCCCCAUGGAGGAGGGGGCUGUUCUGGAUCUGAGCACCACUUCCAUCCUCAAAUCAGGAAGCAGCACCCACUCCUCCUGGGACUCUGACGGGGGGAGCGAGGACGGCAUCCCCGUGGAGGACAGCGAUGAAAGCUGCGAAGGGUUAAGUCUGACGCCCAAAGAGGAGCUGCAUCAAAACCUGGCUUUGAUUGAGAGAACCAGUGACUGCUUUACACACCACUUGCCAGCUGGCGCUCCAAUAACUUGCCAUAUCUGCCAGAAGGUGUACAGCAACAAAGGAACAUUCAGGGCUCACUACAAAACUGUGCACCUCCGUCAGCUGCACAAGUGUAAAGUUCCUGACUGCAACACUAUGUUCUCAUCAGUACGAAGUCGAAACAGACACAGCCAGAACCCUAAUUUACAUAGGAACAUGAGUAGCGGCACAACCAACGAGCAGCUGUAAGCAUGUGGUAUGUGUAUUUAAAUACCCCAUCAAAAAUCUGGAUUCAAGUAUUUUAAACUAAAAUAACACACACAUUUAUUAUUAUUAUUAUUAUUAUUAUUAUUAUUAUUAUUAUUAUUAUUAUUAUUAUUAUAUUUUUUUAUUUAUUCAUGCAAGCCGCUAAUAAAAUGUUCAGUAAUGUGGGAUCAAUUUCAGUCCUGCUAACGGCAAAGCCAUUAUGCCUCGUGGGCAGGUGCUAUAAUUAUUUGGGAUUAGAUGUUUAUCUUGAUUAGAAUAUACAUAAGUGCUGUAUAUUAUGGUGCUUGCACAACCACUUUUUGUUUUAGUUUCUCCUGAAUUAUUUUUUUUUAUUUCUUUUGUUUUGUUUUACGCGUUCUAACACAACUUUAACCCAGUCAUUGCAUGAGUAGAGAACAAUGAAAAAUGCACUUUGAUAAAUUCAGCUGAUUAUGACACACAAAAAAAGGAAAAAUAAGAGACUGAAUUUGUACAGUGUAUCCUACUCCUGUAGUCCGUGACUGCAUUCAUAUGUAUCAGCGAUAUGGCACUGGGUGUAGAAUUUUAUAUAGAGAUUUAAAAAAGAUAAACACUGACACCCUUAUAAAAGUUUACCAUAGUAAAGUGUAAUAGAGCAUAGUGAAAGCAUGC